AGUAGUGAUCAACAAAAUGGGUAUCAACAAGGAAACUAUCAACAAAAUACAACAACUACUAACAUUGCUAGUAAUAAUAACAACAUGGGUAUUUAUCAGCAACAGACCUAUCCUACUGCCACAAAUGUUUAUCCUACUCAACCACAGCAAAAUACUACAUAUGUUCAAGGCAUUACAAGUGAUUAUACUCAAACACCUUCUACCACUUAUCCUGCUUCUACCACUGCGUAUGUUACACCCAGCGGUCAGCAGGCAACCAUGGCAUAUACUCAAUACGGGCAGUAUAAUCCUAAUCAAUCAACAACAACGACACCUUAUCAAUACCCCACCCAACCACAAUACGGAGGGUAUGGUCAAGCUAUACAAUACGCUCAGCCCACAGCUGUUCAAUCAACCAAUCAACCUACUACACAAAUUGCUAUGCAAGCUGUUAGUCAGCCUGCAACUCAACAACCUACAGGACAACCACAAGUUGCAACAACAGGAGCAGAUAAUAAAACAGACAAUGCAGUAGCCCCUGCAUCUAAUUACGGGUAUCAAACAUAUCCUUAUAAUUAUAAUGCUUCUUCAGCUACAGCAACUGCAAUUCAAUAUGCAACUGCCGCUGGACAAAAUCAAACUGUUUAUCCAAUAACUGCUUCGACUGUCGCACCUUAUGGCAGCACUACUGCUAACACUAAAGCUCCUACAACUAAUAGUGCAACCACGCCUGGGACCACUGAUCAAUCUACCCAACAAAAUGCCACGGCCACUUACACAGGAUAUUAUG